AUGGAUAGUUCUCAGCUGCUGCAAAGCUCGGUGACCUUUGAAGAUGUGGCUGUGCAUUUCACAGCCGGGCAAGCAGCUCUGCUGGAUCCGAGCCAAAGAGCCUUGUAUAGGGAUGUUAUGGUGGAAAAUUAUGAGAACGUGGUUUCUUUGGGUAAGGAUGGGCCUGUUCAUCUGCCGGAGUGGCCGUCCCCUGAGCUGGCUCAGAGCACACCGGAGCUCAUUGCUCAGCUGGAAAAUGGAGACGAGCCGUGGGUGCCAGAUUCGGAAGGCUUGGGAGAAGCUAAAGCUGCUCACACCAGCUACGAAGGAUAUUAUGUCCCAGAGUCUGAAGAUAUUGCCCAGCUGGAACCGGAAGCCUUGCGUGUGCCAAUUUGUCAAGAAGAAACAAAAAUUAUGGGAACCAGCACAGGAAAUGAGUUUGAAGGGAAAAACAUGUGCCACGUGUGUGGGAAAUGUUUUACUCAGAAACUGAAUCUUGCCAGACACCGCCGAGUCCACCUGAGACAUAAACUGUAUAAGUGCUUGAAGUGUGGGAAACGGUUUGCUCGCCAGUCACACCUUUGGAGCCACAACAGGAGCCACACAGGAGAGAAACUCUAUAAACGUUUGGAAUGUGGGAAGCAAUUUUCUCAACAGCCUCACCUCAUGAGCCAUAACAAAAACCACGCAGGAGAGAAACCCUAUAAAUGUCUAGAGUGUGGAAAAUGUUUUGUUCACUACUCACGGUUUGUGAAACAUGGGAGACAGAAACCCUAUCAAUGCUUGAAAUGCAAUAAAUGUUUUUCCCGCCCAUCAUGCCUCAUGAAACACCAGAGGGUCCACACUGGAGAAAAACCUUAUAAAUGCUCCGCAUGUGGAAAAUGGUUUUCUCAACAAUUUUACCUAAUGAGACAUCAGAGAGUUCACACAGGAGAGAAACCCUACAAAUGCACGGAGUGUGGAAAAUGUUUUGCAUACAGCUCAUCUUUCUUGGUACAUAAGAGAAUCCACACUGGAGAGAAACCCUAUAAAUGUCUGGAGUGUGGAAAAUGUUUUGCUCACCCCUCAGAUUUUGUGAAACACCGGACUGUCCAUGGGGGAGAGAAACCCUAUCAAUGCUUGAAAUGCAGUAAAUGUUUUGCCCGCCCAUCAUACCUCAGGAAACACCAGAGGGUCCACACUGGAGAAAAACCCUAUAAAUGCUCUGAGUGUGGGAAAUGUUUUUCUCAACAGCCUCACCUCAUGAGCCAUAAGAAAAUCCACACUGGAGAGAAACCCUACAAAUGCAUGGAGUGUGGAAAAUGUUUUGCGUACAGCUCAGCUUUGUUGGUACAUAAGAGAAUCCAUAGUGGAGAGAAACCCUAUAAAUGUUUAGAGUGUGGAAAGUGCUUUGUUCACCAGUCCCAUCUUGCAAAACAUCGGACAACUCACACAGGAGAAAGAAGCUGUAAAUGCACAGUGUGUGGGAAAUAUUUUGCUGAUAUCUCUUACCUUGUGAUUCAUGCAAGAGUUCACACAGGAGAGAAACCUUAUGAAUGCUCAGAGUGUGGAAAAUGUUUUGUUCAGCAGUCAAACUUGGUGACACACCAGAGGAUCCACACAGGGGAGAAACCAUAUGAAUGUUCACAGUGUGGCAAAUGUUUCGCACAACAAUUCAGUUUAGUGAUACACCAGAGGGUGCACACAGGGGAAAAGCCCUAUGAGUGUAUCAAGUGUGGGAAAUAUUUUUCUUAUCAUGCAGGCUUUGUGAAACACCAGAGAUCCCACACAGGAGAAAAACCUUAUGAGUGCUUGCAGUGUGGGAAAUGUUUUGCUCACCAGUCAGACCUGCAACAGCACACGAGAAUCCACACUGGAGAGAAACCUUAUAAAUGCUCAGAAUGUGGAAAAUGUUUCGCUCACCGUUCAGCAUAUGUGAAACAUCAGACAGUUCACACUGGAGAGAAACCUUAUAAGUGCUUAGAGUGUGGGAGAAGUUUUGCUCGCCAAUCCAGUUUGUCAACACACCGAAGGGUCCACACAGGAGAGAAACCCUAUAAAUGCCUGGAAUGUGGGAAGUGCUUUGCUCAACACUCAACUCUAGCAACUCAUAGGAGAGUCCACACAGGAGAAAAACCUUUCCAGUGCCUUGAUUGUGGGAAAUGUUUUGCUCAACGGCCCCACCUUGCGAUUCACCAGACCAUCCACACAGGAGAGAAACCAUGUAAAUGUUCAGAGUGUGGAAAAUGUUUUGCUCAUAAAUCACUCCUUGUUAGCCAUCAAAGAGUCCACACCGGAGAGAAACCUUACAAAUGCUUGGAAUGUGGGAAGUGUUAUGCGUACAGGCCAAACCUUGUGACUCACCGUAGAAUUCACACAGGAGAGAAACCUUAUAAAUGCCCUGAAUGUGAGAAAUCUUUUGCUCGCCAAUCACACCUUGAGAGCCAUCAUAGGAUCCACACCGGAGAAAAACCCUAUAAAUGCUCAGUGUGUGGGAAAUGUUUCUCUCAACAGCCUCACCUCAUGAGCCACCACAGAACCCACACAGGCGAGAAACCUUACAAUUGUUCAGAGUGUGGGAAAUGUUUUGCUCACCAUUCAGGCUUUGUGAAACACCAGAGAAUCCACACAGGAGAGAAACCCUACCAGUGCUUGAAAUGCAAGAAGCGCUUUGGUUCCCACUCCUACCUUGUGAAUCACCAGAGAACCCACACUGGAGAGAAACCUUACAAAUGCUUGGAGUGCGGGAAAUGUUUUACUCAGCAAGGUCAUCUGAUGACCCACAGUCGGAUCCACACAGGAGUCAAGCCCUUUACCUGUGCAGAAUGUGGGAAAUGUUUUGGUGAACGCUCAGGCCUCAGGAGUCACCAGAGAGUCCACACGGGAGAGAAACCCUACCAAUGUUCGGAAUGUGAGAAAUGUUUUGCAUACCGCUCAGCUCUUGUCAGUCACCGGAGAAUCCACACAGGAGAGAGACCCUAUGAAUGCUUGGUGUGUGGCAAAUAUUUUUCUCGGCAAUCGCAUCUUGCAAAACACCGGAAAAUUCAUACGGGGGAGAAACGCCAUAAAUGCUUGGAGUGCGGGAAAUGUUUUGCUGACAACUCUACCCUUGUGAUCCACCAUAGAGUCCACACUGGAGAGAAACCCUACAAGUGCGCAGAGUGUGGGAAAUGUUUUGCAUAUCGCUCUGCCCUUGUGAACCACCAGAGACUCCACACAGGAGAGAAGCCCUAUGAAUGCCUAGAGUGUGGCAAACGCUUUGCUCAGCAUGCAAACCUUCUAAUUCACCGGAUAGUCCACACAGGAGAAAAAAAAUCAAAAUGUCUGGAAUGUGGGAAAUGUUUUUCUCAUCAGUCAUACCUUGUGAAUCACCACAGGCUUCACACAGGAGAAAAACCCUAUAAGUGCUUAGACUGUGGGAAAACCUUUGCUCAGCAUUCCAAUUUUGCCACACACCAGAGAAUCCACACAGGAGUAAAGCCAUAUAAAUGCCAGCAGUGCGGGAAAGGUUUUUCUCAAAGAUCAAACUUUGCAACACACCUGAGAAGCCACACAGGAGAGAAGCCGUAUGAAUGCCUCAAGUGUGGGAAAUGCUUUGCUAACCAUGCACGGCUCGUGAUUCACCAUACAGUUCACACAGGGGAGAAGAGGGCUAAAUGUUUGGAAUGUGGGAAAUGUUUUGCGCGACAGUCGCAUCUUGCAAACCAUAGGAAGGUUCACACUGGAGAGAAACCAUAUGAGUGCCUGGAGUGCAGGACUAAGUUUGCUUACCGUUCAGCUUUUGUGAAACACCAGAGAGUCCACUCAGGUGAGAAACCAUAUAAAUGUUUAGAGUGUGGGAAGUGUUUUGCUCAGCAAGCCAACCACACAAUGCACCUACGAGUCCACACAGGUGAGAAACCUUAUAAGUGCUCAGAGUGUGGGAAGUGUUUUACUCAACAAUCAAACUAUAUGACGCAUCUGCGAGUCCACACAGGAGAGAGACCUUAUGAGUGUCCAGAAUGUGGAAAGUGUUUUUCCCAACACCCACACCUUGUGAUACACCAGACAGUCCACACAAAAAAGAAACAGUUAAACUGCCUGGAAUGUGGGAAAUCCUUUGCUCACCAGUCACUUCUCACAACACACAAGAGAAUCCACACAGGUGAAAAACCUUACAACUGCUUAGAGUGCGGGAAACACUUUAGGCAACGAUCACACCUCAUAUACCACCACAGAGUCCACACUGGAGAGAAACCGUAUAAAUGCCUUGAGUGUGGGAAACCUUUUACUCAACAGCCACACCUGAUUAGUCACCAGAGAGUCCACAAGAAAGAGGAAUCCAAGGAAUGCCCAGAGUGCCAGAAAAGGGUUGGCGUGAAAGGAAAACACAAAAGAUACCAUACAGCGGUUUCGAAGAAUGGAAAUUCCUGUCCUAAAUGUGGGAAAGUAUGGACCAGUGAAGCAAGCCUUGCAAUGCCUCUGAGAAGUAGCGCAGAAAAGAAAGCGGUAUGA